AUGACCACCGAAUGGUCAUCGAAUGCUACAAAGAAGCGCUUGACUUACUAUGAAACAGAUAUUAAGACGAUCCUUGCAUUGGCUAGUCGGUAUAUGAACAUCAAUCGGUUGGCGGAGUGCAAGCAAAUGUGUGAAAUGGCACUCGCCAUCGACAGAAACAACGACGAGGCGACUCUGAUGGUCGCUGAUAUGCUCUACACAAAUAACGACACUGAUAAAGCGAUUGUUUACUUUGCACAGCUCCUAGAAAAGUAUCCAAAUCAUUACCAUGCAUUGGCACGAUGUCUGGAAUUGGCGUGGCGUGCCGGUCAUGUUGACCAGGCAGACAAAUACCUGAGAAAAGCUAUCGAAAACAACCCAAGGGCGUCUGCGUUCAAUCGCGCCCGACGAGAUUUGGAAUGGGGCGAACGUGCUCUUUACAAUAUGAUCGAAAUCGUACUAAAUCCGGACAACGAGAUAAUUGGUGGUGAAGUGCUCGACCAUGCCCGA